UAUCAAUCUGGUGUAGAGUAUUCCGUGAUAGCCGUCAGGGAGAUGAUGUCCUCAACGAUUACUGCAAAGAAGGACGCCAUGGCGUAUCUCGCUGGGGUCCUUGUGCUGGUAGCGUUGGUCGGAUGUAACUCGGACGUUCACGGUGUAUUGAAGAUAAAUGAAGAUAUGCUUCGUAAAGUUGGAUCCCCGAAGGCCCAGAAGGAAGCUAUCUGCCGAUACCUGUGCGGCCGAGGCCCAGUCAGGACGGAUGUAUGCUUCUGUCGAGUGAGCAUACCCUGCAUGGACUCGUUCUGUCCGGCAGGAAAACGAUGCAAGCGAAUAGAGGGCGAGAAGGAGAAACUAUAUGCCUGUUGUCCAUCUGGCAAAGUCGACAUACCUCCAGAUUGCAAACGAUCACCUCGAGUUCUGCAGGUGCGGCCUCACCUCUCCUAUUACCGCUACAACGUCGGCAACCGCCGUUGCGAACCAUCUUACCUCUUUACUAAAGAAAUAAAAUGGCAGAAAAUACCGGGCUAUUUAAACGCCCACAUGUGCAAGAUCUGUACACUGUUUUCUUUCUGUGAACAAAGUGGGGACAGUUUGGACGCCCUCGAGUCUAUUUUCAAUUUCGAGGAGACAGUGCUAAAGGACUUUCAACUUCCUGAAGGAGAAAAUAAAGUUGUCUAACGAACUUUGAAA